UCUUCCCAUGCUCCUCAUUCCCCCAAGGUCCUUAAAAUCCACUGCUUCAUGGUCGCUGCAGCCCAGGCUGCCCUUGAGCUUCACAUUCACUAGCUCCUCCUUGUUGGAGAGAACAAGGUCCAGCACAGCACCUCUGCUUCUUGGCUCUGCUGUUGCUUGGAGAAGGCUGCUGUCAUUAGUGUAUGCUAGGAACCUCUUGGAUUGCCUCUGCAUGCUGUACUGCCCCUUCAUCUUUGGCAUCUUCAGCUUUUGUGAUGGCCAGUGUUUCAGUUUGAUUGGAAAAAGAAAAAGGGGAAAAAAAGCAUCACUGUGUGAUUGUGUAUUCUGGAGCCAGAUGAUGAGAGUAUUUGGGGUGAGGAAGAGCUUUUUAAAGCUCCAUGAACAAUAACUAUGCAUAUUUCCUUGUUCCAUAGCAAAUAUUAAGUAGAAUUUGUAAUAGGCUGCCUGUUUGAUGAACUUUGGAUUUGCUUCAGAUGAGAGGUUUCUGAAGUAGUUUCUGUGUCAUUCGGGCCAUGCAGUCCUGAGCACAGGCAUGCAUUCCAGGAGAUUUCGACUUUGCUGAGCCUGCCCCUGGAUCACUCUGUGGCACGGCUCCCAACCACAGCCCCAGCUGUGUUAAGGGAAAAUACAUCGUUUUCAUCUAGGAAGCUAACUGCUUUUCUGGCAGGACAGCCAUCUCCCUUCAGUUUACGCUUCUGCAGUCUUCUCACUUUCACUGGAUUCUGCCUUAGCCAAACUAAAAAAAAGCUGGUAGCAAUAAAUGUAUCCCUACCUGGGAAAACAAAUUACAGUGUAUCUUACUGCCCUCCUGUGUUGCCAAUCAAUGCAGGUCAGGGGAGUGGCGGGGAGCGCUGGGAAGUUCAGGCUAAUUUGCAGGUUAUGGGGAGCUUGUGGGCUAUAGUGCUUGUAGCCUUACUUCAUGCUGGUCAGGUGCUGAAACAUGGCUUAUCUUUGAACUGCAUGAAUUUUGAAAGACUGAACACAGCAGUUUGAAUUGCAAGAUACUGAAUUGUGAGAUAUUAAAUUGCUUUUAACAGAUAUCUACUGGGAACUUACUGAUGAUUUUCUUCUCUCAGAAAUUUUGCACGUUAAGCAAUUGUUGGUAUUUUUUGGAAAAUAUAUCCGUAAUGCAUGAGAACUACAGCUUUCUGUAUUCAAUAUUCAAGCAGUGAGCAAAACCUUGUUUGGUUGGCUUCUUAAUAUGCUAAGUCUGUAUUUGAUCAUUUAGAAAAUAAUUUUCUUUUAACUGAAGCAGCCAGAAAGCACCACUCGUUCAGUUAACCACACCAUAGGAAAACUCUUAUUGAAUGUGCAAGUUUAACAAAAAAGGAGACAAUGGAACACAAGUCCCAGAGUACAGUUUCACUUGAAAGUAGCAUCUCCUCUGCCAUAUAAAUUUUUUUGAAUAGAAUAAGAUACUGUGUUUUUAAGCUUGGCUUGUUUUUUUGGUCUUAUGUGUUGAAGUAGAGCUUUGUGAAGUAGUAAGAAACUCUUGUGAGUCAUAAAAGCAGGAAGUUACUUCAGAAGACACUGUAUUCGUAGAAUAAUUUUUUUCAGUUUAUUUGUGAAAUAAUAACAUCAGUUGUAAUCCAGAUUAAUGCAGCAUCACUCCUUCUCGGUAUAUUAAGAAGUAGAUGUGGUUUAAACCAUUCUAAUAAUGCAAUGUUGAUAUGGUAGCGAUUUUUAAACUAUCUUAAAAAUACCUUUUUCAUUAUAUGUAGUUUUUAACCAUGAAAUUUCUAGUUUUAAAUUUCUGAAUUAAUAUGAAUAACCAUAUGAUAGACAACAUUAGUGCUGGCAUUCUUAAACAGAGAAGAAAUAAAAUUAAAUUGAGUCUGCAAGGACAUAGCUUGUUAUUUAAGAAAAUAAAUGCUAAGCUUCAUGAUGGAGUGUGUCAGCAUUGCAAAGGUAUCUUGGAGUGGCGAGUAAAAUUCAGAAAGUACAAGCUACUGACAAAACCUAAAAAAUGUGUGAAAUGCCUCCAGAAGACUGUAAAAGAUCCUUAUCAUAUUAUUUGUCGACCAUGUGCUGGUAAACUAGAAAUUUGUGCUAAGUGUGGGAAACAAGAAGAAAUAGUGAUUCCGAUUGAUAAAGGACAAGACAGAACUGACAGUGAGACUUCUAAAACUGGCCAAGAGAGAAGUAAAUUGAAGGAUAAGCUGGAUUUUGAUACAAAUUUCAGUAGUGCAGACAGUGAUGAAGAUUCUGAUGUGCUUGAAGAACAAUUCAAAAGAAAUGCAGCUCUAAGGUUGUUGCCCAUCCCUGCCUUGAAGGAAAUACUGAAACUUGAUCCUUUGGGUGCUGAUAGGCACCCAAUGUCUGUCCUGUCAAGCUGGAAAACACCAAGAAGUGUUCAGUGGCAGAAAAGGAGGUUGUCAGCUGCUGCACUGUGGAAGUUUCUGGCUGUGUGAGAGCUCUACAGUUUCUGACUGUUGGCAACAAUGUAUUACUCUGGUUAUUCCCAGUAGAAGGAAUGGAAUUGAUGCUAGAACUGUAAAACAAGCUGCUCUGCUUUGUGGAUCCACCUUGGAGAUGGGCUUUGUGGGCUUCAUCAGACACAGGGGAAGAUGGUAGAUCACCUUCUCAGAAAGAGCAACUCUGUACCACCCACAUUCCCAAACCUUGCUGUGCAAACCCAAUACAAAAUACACUUGUGAGGUGAACGUGAAGUGAAAUAAAGCCAUGGGUCUUGAGGGCGGGGACGGGGGGAAGAUGAAAAGGUACAAUAUUUUUUAUAGUAUUGGAGAAACUCAGAAUAAUCCCAAACCUUCCAUAUCCAAGGAAAAAUAAGCCCUGUAAAACCAGACAACUUCUAUUCUUUUAAGCAACAGUAGAUUUACUAUUACCUACAUGACAAAGAUUUUAAAAAUCCCUCUGGAAAUGGCUAAUAUGUCAUUCUCCAAAGAAAAUAACUCUUCAGUAGCAGCUUAGUCUUUCUGAUAGUAAGUUAGUGAUGAAACCUUCCAGAAUGGAGCAAAGUUGUACCUGCAUUAUUUAGAGAAAAGUCAUAAGACAAUCUUUAUGUUAUAAAACUAAUCUUAUCCUUUAAAAAGAUCACAAGGAAUUUGUCUAGAAAAUACCUAGAAAGACUCAAGCUGUAUUGGUAUAAUCUUCAUAUUUUAGAAAAUUGUUGCCUUAAGGUUUAAGUCAUCCCAAAACUAUGCAGUGACCAGAAUCUCAGAGCUAUGGUUUUCACUGUAUUUCAGCAGGAAGUUUUCCUUUAUUUCCAGUUUUUGUACUAUCUUGAGCUGCAUGUGGGUAUUAGUAAUUCUGACUUUAUGAACUCUCCCUUCAAGAAAGAAUUGCAUUUUGGAUCACCACAUCUAACUAGUUGCUUCUUUCUCAUCCUCACCUCAUGACUGCACCUAAGGUCUACGGAGACCAAGUACAGGUACUGGCUGUCUAUGUUACUUCAAAAAAACCGCAUUAGCAGCUGACUGGUUGUGAUCACACCCCCCCCCCCCCCCCCCCAAACAAAAAAAAAAAAAAAAAA